UGUCUUUAGAACCGGCAAUGAAUGUUACUAUGUCUCGAACAAAUUUUUGAUGAUGCUUUCUGAUUAAUGGUGGUUUUUUUUUUGUCUCCGUCGGAUACUUUUCUUGUAGAAAUGAACGUUUAAUUUUGCUUGUCACUUCUCUGAAACGACGCUAAAGAUUAUUUUGACCGGGAGUAAGAAUGGUAAAUUCUAUACAAGAUGAAAAUGGUUUUGGCACUUCAUUACCUUCAUCUAUAACUUCAGAAUCAUCGUACAUUGCAGAUUAUUAUAAAGACAAAAGUGUUUUAAUUACAGGCGCAACUGGAUUCGUUGGCAAGGUCUUAGUUGAAAAAUUAUUACGUUCCUGUAGUAAUAUUAAAUAUAUAUAUUUAUUAUUGCGAACAAAAGAUGGAAUGGGAUGUAGACAACGUCUUGAUCAACUUCUUGGUUCCCAGAUCUUUGCCCAUCUGAAGCGAGAAAAUCCUAAGAGCCUUACCAAAGUCAUACCAAUUAGUGGUGAUGUUACACUUCCGGGACUUGGACUCAGUGAAACAGAUACAAACAUUCUUACAGCCAAUGUUUCUGUUGUUUUUCAUUGUGCAGCCACAGUCAAAUUUGACGAACCUUUCAAGAAAUCUGUAUCAAUUAAUGUAGAGGGAACAAGAAGAAUAGUAGAAUUAUGCCAUAAGAUGGUUCAUAUAUCGGUAAGUAAUGUAGCAUGUUUUUAUGAAAUAUUCAAAACAAUGAAAUUUGUUCUCUCUCAGGCUUUAGUACACGUUUCAACAGCUUAUUGUUUUUGCUACCGUAAAGAAAUCGAAGAAAUCGUCUAUUCUGAAUCUAUGACUCCCCAGAAAAUCAUUGAGAUGGCAGAAUGGAUGGAUGAAGAUCUACUCGCUAGUAUUGUUCCAAAAUUAUUAAAUGGUCGUCCUAGUAACUAUCAUUAUACAAAAGCAUUAGCAGAAAACCUCUUAACUCAAGAAAUGAGCUUUCCAGUUGCAAUAGUUAGGCCAUCUAUUAUAACGGCUGCAUGGAAAGAGCCAAUUCCAGGUUGGGUCGAUAAUUAUAACGGUCCAUCCGGAUUUAUUGUUGCGACAGGAAAGGGAAUUUUGAGAACCAUGCUUGUGGAUCGAAACAUAGGUGCAGAUGUAGUUCCAGUUGAUCUAGUUGUAAAUCUGAUGAUCACAGUUGGUUGGCAUAUUGGCGUAUGUAGGCCAAACUCUCUCACUGUUUACAAUUGUACAACUGGCUCGAUUAAUAAAAUCACUUGGGGAGACAUCAAGAAGAUUGCCUAUCCCAUUAUAAUCAAACAUCCUAGUAUGCAGGUCUUUCGUUAUCCAGGUGGAAGUUUUAAAACUAGUCGAUUUUGGAAUGAAGUAUGUCUUCAUUUUCAGCAUAUUCUGCCUGCUGCAAUUGUCGAUUUUUUAGCAUGGAUAACAGGCAAUAAACCUGGAUUGUUAGAAGUAUAUAAAAGUCUUCAUCGUGCAGUUCGCCUUUUAGAAUAUUUUACGACAAAUGAAUGGCAUUUUGAUUGUAAUAAUGUAUUAUUAUUAAUGAAUUCAUUAUCAGGAAGAGAUAGACAAACAUUUGGUUUCGACAUACGACCAAUUAACUGGUCAUUAUAUAUGGAAAAUUACGUGUUAGGAGUAAGAAGAUAUUUGUUAAAAGAAGACGAAUCUACAUUACCUGCAGCACGAACAAACCUAACAAGGAUUUAUUAUUAUUGGCAAGCAGCACAUGGAUUGCUUCUCUGUGUUAUCUUCUAUUUAUCAAGACAGACAAUGGCUGCUCACUCCAUAUGGUGGUUUCUAGUAUCUUUGAUUCUUCAAAUACAAGACAAAAUACGAAAAUUAUUCGCUUCUUGAAGUAUCAUUAUUUCUGUAAAUCAAUAUGUACAAUUUAAAAUCUCAUUAGCAUAACAAAACUAUCGUUAAGAACUAGUCUAAAUUUGUACUCAAAUUAAACUGUGUUUUAGCUUGAAAAUUAUUCAAUAAGUUAUAUUUUUUGUUAAAAUGUCAAAUGGCUUAUUUUAGUGUUAUGUCUAAAAUGUUCUAUAAAAUAAACUGAAUUUCUUAAAAAUCAAAUUUAAUUGAAUACUUUGUAUCUUAGCCAGAUGGCUGAAGCAGUUAUUUGAAGGCAUCAGCCUAAACUCUGGGGACCAGGAAGUUUUCAUGGCUGAUCUAUCUAGACACAAUGAGCACUGUCCUUCACUACCUGGCUGCCCCCAUUGUGGGCCUGGAGAAAGGCUUUAGUGCCCACAGAAUAAAGCCAAAAUGCUUCAAAUAAAUCAAAUGAUACUUUUCUGAUUAAAUCCACAAAAUAUAAUUAAUUGAUUUUCAUAUUGUAUGAUGAUAAUUUUGUGCAUUUUGAUCUAAA